AUGCCAUUCACAAAGUUCAGGGAGCUCCCUCCCGAACUCCGCUUCAAAAUCUGGGAUGAGGCAACAGCCGGGCCGUCAAUACACAUCUUUGAUGUCUGUUUCCCGUCCUGGCGCGGCACCGAUCGAAGCAGACGAGCUUUCCAAUCCGCGGACGGUAAGAUUUCAGAGCGGAACCACGCGAGAUGGACAAAGUACAGAGAGUGCGUCUUCUUGGACGCCCUCGAAACGGGACCGGCGGAGCUAGCGCGACAUACGAGGAUAGCAAGACACAUGCACGAUCCAUCCGUCUACAAGCAACGGCAAACGAUGCGGCUAGUGUGUUCUGAAGCCUCGACGGCCGUGGAGAGGCGGUCAAAGCGGAGGAGUAUGAACUCUGUCUACCUCCCCGGUCGAAACCAGAGGAUAAAGUAUGACAACGAAGAAGACGUGCUGCUAUUGCGGUUCGGAGACGGCGGUGCCCUCACGGAUCUCAGCCACGGGGUUUUAUUUGGCGAAUAUGAGGCUUCGGGAGUGAACAACUUGACCGAGGUGCUUGAAGGGCCGUGGAGCGCCGAGAUAGCGGCGACGUUGCGUGAUGCGCGGCUCAUCGCUUUGGAUAUUGCGGAGACGUGGACGCCGGCAACGGUUGGGGCGGUGUUGUUCGAAGAGGUGGCGUAUCUGGCAUGUUGUAUACAACGGGGACUCCGCGUGCUGUACUUGGUCGACCACUGCCACGGCCGAUGUACCCGAUGCAAGAAGCAGGAUGUCACGAGAUCUCAGCUCCAAACCCGCGGCGAACUAUAUUUCCAGCUUGACAGUCGAGACAGAGACGCGGCCAGAUCGCGAAAAGCGGACGUAAUCCAUGGUGUGGGGAAGACGUAUCGGGAGGUGUUUGAUCUGGAGGGCAUGGGUUGGUCGGACGAGCACCCGAUCUACGUGUUUGCGAGGGUUAUGGACGAGAUGAUCAGGAGCCAGCAGACAGACGCUGCUACGCAGGAUUUUGAGGGAAUCAGGGUGUUGCUGGUGGAAGACGAUGAGUUGGAGGGCGUGGACAGCACGACGGCAAUGGACUGUUAUCCGGACAGCCGUUCAGAAGUCGCCAAUGAGAGCGUUGACAUGAGCCUGCGGUAG